AUGAGCGCGAUACCCAGUACCACAGCCGGCGGCGCGACUGCCGCUACCCCCAGUGACGCGGAGUCAACCGACAUGGCUGUCACCAAGGUCGCGAAUGCGCAAGCAGACACGAAACCAGCGAGUCCAACAGACAACGUUCCGCCGCCAGUAUCGCACCCAAUCGACCGCAAUGCGCCUUCAUUGUUGACUCUGCCCGGAGAAGUUCGCAACGCCAUCUACGAGGCACUCUUCAUUCACGAAUAUCCUAUUCAGAUCCAUGCGAAGAACAUCAAUCGACUCCGCUACCACUCCGGCUACCGCUCCGACAGUAUUAUCUCCGGAACUGCGCUCCUCCAGUCAUGUUGUCAAAUCCAGUAUGAGGCCACUGGUGUCUUGUACGCACGAAACGUGUUCCGUUUAGGGCUCCCCGAAGAUGCGGACGAGCGUAGUGGCAUUAUCUGGGCUAUGGGCUGGCUUCGCAUAAUUGGCAAACAGUCGUUUUCUCUUUGCGUCAUCCAGCUUGAUGUCAAUAACUUGCUUGACGCCGACGAAACCUUAGAAGUCCUACCAAUACUGGAGUAUACCUGGAAGCUGGAACACAAGAAAAUGAACGUUCUAUUUGUGGCACCACCCGAGGUGCACAGUAGUAUAUCGUACUUCCAAAGCAAUCGGGAAUGGUCCGCCAGCCACACGGCUGAGAUUAACAAAAGCUUGAGUACGCUCACCGCUGAUCCCUCGAACCUUCUUAGGAAGUAUUGGAUUUCUAAAAUGCUGUUGAGGGUCGGACUCGAUACAGAUGAAUCGAAAGUAUAUGUUUCAUACCGCCAUAAUGACUCUGGUGGUGGUAACUGGAUGACGAAAGGCCGCAUGUCAAUCAGCGAUGAAGGCGAGCUGCGUGUGAUCCCGCCGAAUAGGAACACAGAUUUCUGCGACCUCAUGAGUAUAUACUCCGUUAGGAAGAGGCUUUUCGAUUUGUUCCAGCCCCCAGGAGUUGAACUAACCUUCGACUUGGCGCACCAGACUACGAACAGCAACCUUAGAAGCCUAGCUGGGCUGAAUCGUUGGUUACGUCACGAAACCAUCUCAGAAGUUUGCGAUGUCAAUUCAACCUUCAAAUCAGCAACUUCGACGCCGAAAUACAACUUUGCGACCGAGCUGGAGAGAUUCACAGCCAUCCGACUACGGGGUCGCCCGCACUACUUUCAUCUGUAUUUCGACCUACCGAAGCACUCUACUCUUGAAGAUGUUCGGUUCGAUGCACUGCUACUUUUAUCUGCGAUGGAUUCGGUCAACCGCAAAGUCCAUUUAGAGAUCGAGGUACGCCAUCCGCUCGAUUCUGAGACACCAAACCACUGCUUCACGUUGUCCCUAGACCAACUGAAAGUUGGCGUUCUUCUCUUCAUAUACGAUUUUCUGAAGACCUAUCCCAACUGUGCCGAUCUUCCGUGCCCUACUAUCUGGACAAAUGGAUUUGGUCAAGCGAAAGAAGCGUCAUGGCAAACUGAGCUCGGGUUGGACACUCUGGUUAAUUCAUACCUGGACAACAGUUAUACGGUGACUGGGUGGGUUGAUUACAAACUCACGAAUGACUGGAAUUGGCUGGUCAACAGUCAUGUCGGUCCUUGCGUUAAGGGCUCGUUGUUGGAGUUCCUGAGGAAGUCACAUAGGUGGGAAUAG